CCUGCUGACGUUUGUGUACAUACGCACAAAUGUCACGAUAGUUACAAUCUGUGGUUACAAUGUGCUGUCAUCAUCAGCAACUGAUUUUAAUAUUUGCUGUAUAAUGAACUUUUAAUUUAAUUCACACAUACGUUUCCAAGGAGCUGAAAUAAAUUAAUUGCUUUCCAAUAUGGAUUCAAGUUCCGACAGCGAAGAAUUUUACGAGUGCGACGACGAUUUGGAUGAAGACGUGUCCAAAACAACUGCAAAUGAGCCAAAGAAAGAGAUAUUAUCUGAGCAGCAUGUUCCAGCUGCUGCACCAAAUAUCAAAGCACAAAACACAGACAACAAUGAGACUAAUACAAAGUCUAUAACUAGGAAAGAAUCUGUAGAAAACAACCAGAAUAUAUCAGAGAAGUGUAACAAUAAUCAAGAAAAGAAGAAUAAAUCAGAAACAACUGAAGAUGUAAGCACAACAAUCAAAAAUAAUAAUACAACCACAAUAGAUGCAACAAAGUCAGUAAAACAAGAGCAAGAAAAUGCCAAAAUAAUGUCAGCUAGCAUAGAACCUAAAAUUGAAAAUUUGAAUGAAAAUAAGCCCAGUAAUCUAGUUAAAAAUGAUCAAUUACCUAUCAAAUCAUCAAAAGCUGCUGAAAAGAAUUCAAAUGUUAAAGAAACAGAAAACAUAGUUACAAAACCUGAAAAAUUAGAGGAUAAAACUCAAGUUGUAGAAGAUAUGUGGGAAGAUAAUGGUUGGGGAGACAUUGAUCAAAGUCUUCCAGUUAAAGAAACAUAUCCUAAAGCUUCAGAUGAUAAUCUUGCUGCAGAAGUUAAAAUAUCAGAUAUACCACAAAAUAAAUCAGCAAUAAUCAAAGAAAUAGUUCAAGAAACAACUAAAAAAAAUGAAGAUCCAGAAGAAAACCUCUGGGAUGAUGAAGAUGAUUGGGGAAAACUUGAACCAGAAUCCAAAUCAAAGGAACAAGCUGCUGAGGAAGACUUAUGGGGAGAUGAUGAUGGCUGGGGAGUGAACACACCUCAAGAAACACCAGAAAAAUGUGUCCAACAAGUCCCACAAUCAACUUCUGUUAAUAAACAGAGUGAUGAAGCUGAUUUAUGGGCAGAAGGAGACAAUUGGGGUAUUGAUGAUGAUGCCAAAAGCAAAAGUACUACAUCAGAUGCAAAAUCAGCUCUUGAUGCAUUAACUAACAAAGAUGAAUCAUCCUGGAGUGGCUGGUCCAACUGGGGCAUCACUUCUGUUCUCUCCACAGCAGCAAACAUCACAACUUCGGUCUCCCAAGGAUUAACAACAGUCCUAGAAAAUGGUAUAGGUGUCCCAGAUCCAGCAGAAUUAGCAAGGAUACACAAAGCAGAGGCGGAAUCAAGACGCCAGGCAGGUGAAGAUGAACCAAUUGUAGAAGAAUCUUCUGAAGAUAAUUUUGUACCAUUUGGUUUGGGCAAUUUUGUUCCUGGAGUUUCAAAAAUCACGAAACUUGUCGAAACUACAGGCACAAAAGUUAUUACUCGAGGUUUAGGCACAUUAGAAACUAUAGGAAAGAAAACUUAUGAAGUUUUGCAAGAAAACGAUCCACAACUUAGAAAGAAACGCGCUUUGUUGAAAUAUUUAGAAGGGGAAAAACCAGUCUUGUCAUCAAUCCUCAGAGAAGCUAAAGAACGCGCUGAAACAGAGAAUAUAGACAGAGAAAAGCGACAUUUCGCAAAGAAAGCGAAUUAUGAGACGAUGUUUGAUGAUUACACUGGAUUAGUUCACUUAGAAGCGUUGGAAAUGUUAUCGAAACAAUGUGAAUUCAAACUAGAAUCGAUUUUGAGUCAAUCUAGAGAUGUAAAUGAUGUUCAAGAGACAAUGGAACAGAUUAAAGAUCUAUGUGAGCUAAAUACGGAUGAGGAUGAUGAUGAAGACAAUAAUUUUGAUGACUUAAAAUCAAAAAUGACCACUGCAAUUGAUGAGAUUAAUAUUGGGAUUACCUGUGAAAAGGUUGUAGAAACAUACGAAGAGGUAGCGGAGUGGAUUGAAUCAACGAAUAGUAAUAAUCCAGAUGAGAUACAUUCCAACGCGAUUGAGAAUCUCGCUAAAUUAACAGCAAUGGCCGUUGAGCAGUAUCACAAGGCUGCUGAGUUGCUGCUAGUCAAAGAACAUCGAAGUACUGCCGAUGAAGCCGAUAGUCUUGUGCAAUUAACCACUGCAAUAACUGCUCUUAUCAGCUUGUUAUCGACAAAGUAUACCGAAAAAUUGAAACAACUCACGGCCCAGGCGACCAACGACGAGAUUAAGACAUUAGUAUCAAACAUAUACCUUGAAGCUGCCAACAGCUCUAGGUACGUUGAAGACGCAUUUGGUCUGUUGAUCCCUGUCAUCCAAGUAGGCGCUGUGUAGUGAGAACAAUCUGUAAAUAAAAAUCGAUUCGCGUUUGUCAUUCAUCCGUAAACAUCGUUGUUAUUGCUACAAACAAAACACUUCCUUCAAAAAUCGACAUAAACGCAUAAUUCUACAUAAUAUAAAUAAUUCCCGCUGAAAUACCGGCAAUAAUUCUGUAAUAAUGGAGUGCAAGUUGCCCAUGGGUGGCUCGGUGACCGAGGAGGCAGCGAGAGUGUGCGAUAUGCAGUGCAAGAUUGCGCCCAAAGGAGAUGCAUCAUCCGCAGGAGCCGCAUGCUGCAUGAAACCCAAAGAAGCGGACGUGUGUUUCGCCAAACCCAAGGAUCCACCGCCACAGAACAGCGGCGAUGGACAAUAAUCGAGUAAUUUUGUAAUUUCCAAUACGAAUUCUUUAGUCUUUCCUAUGCUAAUCAAUCUUUCAUGCGUAAUUUGUAAAGUAUAGUUGCGAACUAAUAAAAUUAUUGUGAAUAAUU